UAAGGUGAAACUCGAGUAAAUCGAGAAAAAAUCUUUGAAUAAAAGUGAAUAAUGAAACGUUUGCGGUUAAAUCAAAGCUUACGAGAAGUACCUAAUUUUAUGGAUGUGUAAUCAGUAAUGUGUGUUCUGAAGUGUUUUAAUAGAAGUGUAUGAAGCACCAUGAAACGAAACAUUUCCGUUGGAGUUGUAGUUAUUGGAGACAUCGGACGUAGUCCUCGGAUGCAAUACCACGCAUAUUCACUUGGUAAAGAAGAAUUUGAUGUCAAAAUAUUGGGAUAUAAUGAAACAAGCUGUAACGAUAAACUUGUGAAAAAUAGUCAAUUGAUUCACAUCAAACCACCACCUUUAUUGUUUGCAAAUGCUCCACGAUUAUUUCAUUUUAUACUGAAAGUUUUCUGGACUGCAUUUUUUCUAUUCGUUGCUCUGAUUCAAAAUGGAAGAUUUCACGUAUUACUCGUUCAGAAUCCGCCUGCUAUACCCUCAUUAGCUGUUUGUUGGUUGUACUGCCUGAUUUUUCGAUCUAAACUAAUCGUCGAUUGGCAUAAUUUUGGAUACAGUGUUCUUUCAAUGAGUGUUGGUCCACAACAUUUACUGGUCAAAAUUUCAUUGAUUUAUGAGAAAUUUUUCGGACGAUUAUCUCAUUAUAAUCUAUGCGUUACCAAUGCUAUGAAAGAAUAUCUGAAAAAUGAUUGGGAAAUCGAAGCUGCUACAUUGUAUGAUAAACCGGGACCUACUAUGCUGCCAUCAAUCUCGGAAGUAGAAAAAAAUGAUUUGUUUCAUAGACUCUCACAAUCGUAUGGAGAACUUGAAAGAUUCGAUAGUUCCACAGCUGUAUUGAUAUCAAGUACAAGUUGGACAGAAGAUGAAGACUUUUCCAUUUUAUUAGAGGCGCUUAAAGAGUAUGACACGAGUGAUUCUGAAGAUCUUCCAUUUCUAAUAUGUAUCAUAACUGGAAAAGGUCCUCUGAAAAAUUAUUACCAAAAUGUGAUCAAAGAAAGUAUUUGGAAUAGAGUUCUGAUUGUUACACCAUGGCUUGAGGCUGAAGAUUAUCCACGGUUGCUCGCCAGUGCUAAUCUUGGCGUUUGUCUUCACACAUCUGCAAGCGGAUUAGAUCUUCCGAUGAAAAUUGUUGAUAUGUUUGGCUGUAAACUUCCAGUGUUAGCGUACGAUUACCCUUGUUUGUCGGAGUUGUUGCGGCAUAAUGAAAAUGGUAUGGUUUUCGAAAACUCUUCUCAACUGGCUGACCAACUGAAACAGUGGUUUAGAAAUUUUCCUGAUGUUCAAGAACAGCACGUCAAAUUUCGACGGAACAUUGAUAAGUUUCUCGAGACUGAUUGGCAUUCAAAUUGGACAGAAAAUGCACUACCCUUAUUUUUAAACUGAAAGAAAAGUGAUAUUUUAAAGCAAUUACUAAGAAUGUGAUAAGUAUCUACCUAUGUUAAAUAGGCUAUAUUUUUAAAAAAAAUGAUUCUUCUUUCUUU